AUGGACUCCAAAUAUGUUUUCCCUCAGAAGUUUUCGCCCAACAUUUUCUUCAAAAUCAUUCCAUCUCUCCAUCUCUUCAAAGUAAAUCCCCAAUUGAAACCUAACAACCCUAGCUUCUCCUUGGCCCUCUCUCUUCUCUGUUCAAGUGGCGUCACCUUUCUCGACACCUCCGACCUCUACGGUCCCCACACCAACGAGAUCCUCAUCGGAAAAGCUUUGAAAGGGGGGAUGAGGGAGAAAGUGCAACUUGCUACUAAGUUUGGGAUAAUAUAUCAGGAUGGGAAGGUUGAGGUACGUGGUGACCCAGCAUAUGUGAGGUUAUCAUGUGAGGCGAGCUUGAAGCGUCUUGAUGUUGACUGCAUUGAUCUCUAUUAUGUUCAUCGGAUUGACAAGCGUGUGCCCAUAGAAGUCACUGUCGCGUGGCGUGGGAGAGGUACUUGGCCCUUUUAG